AUGUCCCUUAUAGAGGAGUCUAGUUAUACAUGGUGCGAUGAUUAUGUUAGAGAAAGCUAUGAUCAAAGUGUCCAUGUACUGUCGGUGUUUUUGGUGUUGACAGCUUCUACGCUGGGUACUCUAACUCCUAUCCUCCAAGGCCAGAAGAAAGGCGGCAAUCUUUCACUCCUGAUUAACUGUGGCAAAUACUUUGGCACUGGCGUUAUUCUGGCCACUGCAUUCAUCCAUAUGCUGCCAGGUGCAGUUCAAAUGCUUACAUCUCCCUGCUUGCCCAAAGCAUUUCAUUCUCAAUAUACAGCAUUUGCUGGUCUAUUUGCAAUGUUGGCGGGAAUAACCCUCGGGGUAACUGGAGACGUUAAAUUCGCUGGAUUGCUAUGUGCUUUGUUACUACAUCAAUUCUUUGAAGGCUUUGCGCUUGGUGCGCGCAUUUCUGAAUUGGGUAUUUCAAGGUUGAAGAAAUUGUACAUGUCCCUCGCUUUCAUACUUACAACGCCGUCCGGUAUAAUAAUUGGAAUUAUGCUGGCAUCAUCGUACAACCCCAACAGCAGGGCUGCACUGGUGGUGCAAGGUACCUUAGAUAGUGUAUCUGCAGGUAUCUUGAUAUAUGCAGCGUAUGCUAAUCUCCUAGCCGCAGAGGUAACAAAUAAUACAUCAUUCCGAAAAUUACCAGGACGAACGAAGGUGUACUAUUUCCUGUCGAUCUAUGUAGGAGUAGUGAUUAUGGCGUCACUUGGCCGUUGGGCGUGA